AACGACCACUCAACCGAACGAAGGUGUGAUCGAAGUAAUUUCAGGGUCAUACGGAAACAUCCUAUUACUGUAAGGAAGAAUCGCUGAUUAAGAUGGCUGCAGCACGUAGCUACUUUUCUCAUGAUGCCCCCGAAAUCGUCGUGCAAAGUUUAUUCGAAAAGUACGACAAGGACAAGAACGGGUAUUUGAAAAAGGAAGAAUUAUCAAUGUUACUAAAAGAUGACUUCGGCAUGGACAGCCAGCAUACAGAAGCAGCUGUAAUGCUUCUAGACGACGACGGCAGUGGAACGGUGUCUUUUAAAGAAUUCUUUAAAUGGUUUAGCAGUGGAGAAGGCUUGCCGAACGUCAGCGACGAAUCAAGGUACCACUACGUUAAGAAAGCGGUCGGUCUUUUCAAAACCUUCGACACCAACAAGAACGGGACUAUCGACCGAGAUGAGCUCAAACAUCUUUUGGGAUCCAUCGGGUUUACCCAGUCUUUAGACAGCGCCUUUGAACAACUCGAUAAAGACAAAAACGGCAAAAUAUCUUUUCCUGAAUUCAUCGUCUGGCUGAACUGGCUUCCACCUUCAAAGUAUUUGUUUCGAAAAUACGACACAGAUGACAGCGGCCGCUUACAAAAAACCGAAUUAAUGACACUGUUGAAAGACGACCUUGGAAUGGACUCCAAACAAGCUGAAGCGGUAAUGAUGCUGGUCGAUAAAGAUGGAAGUGGAGCCGUUUCUUUUGAGGAGUUCUUUCAGUGGUUGAGAGAAGGACAGGGACUCAAAAACGUCGACAACACGACCAGGUAUUAUUACAUCAGGAAGGCUGUAGACCUUUUUAAGACCUACGAUAAAGAUGCCAGUGGAACCAUUGAACCGAAUGAACUGAAAGAGCUGCUGAAGUCCGUUGGAUACACUGGAUCUGUUGAAAGUGCUUUGAAAGUUUUGGAUAAAGAUCGUAAUAACAAGCCAGCACUGAAGAUGUCGUAUGGAGGUAGCUGUUUUUCCGAAGGAGUACCAGAAGUUGUCGUUCGAAGUCUCUUUAAAAAGUACGACACGGACAGCAGUGGGAGUUUGCAGAAAGAUGAGUUGAUGAUUCUGCUGCAACAGGACUUGGGAAUGGAUGCCCAGCAAGCCGAAACUAUGAUGAUGGUGAUCGAUAAAGAUGGGAGUGGAGAUGUAUCUUUUGAAGAGUUUUUGCAGUUUUUGAGACAAAAGGAUGUUCUUAAAAAUGUGGAUGACUCCUCAAAGUACAACCAAAUAAGAAAAGCCGUAGAGUGCUUCAAGAAGUUUGACGAAGACGGUAGUGGUACAAUUGAACCGGACGAACUCAAGCAACUCUUGGAAGCCAUCGGAUACGAGGGAUCCAUUGAAAGUGCUCAGAAAACUCUUGACAAGGAUGGAGAUGGCAAGAUAUCGUUCCCUGAGUUUCUAGAAUUUUACAGCACUCAGAUGAAUGUUACCAAGUGACACUGAAAUCCGUUUGACUCUAACUGAUUGUUAAGUCAAGUUUCCGACAAUAUUUGAUUACGAUUUUUACAGAUCAAAAACUAGGGUUUUUUUAGUUUAUAAAUGAUGCAUGACGGCAAUAAUUUGUAAUUAGGAGUUUGCUCUUCGUGAUGAAUUUUAUCAAUACGUAGUACAUUGUGGUAUCUAAUGUUAAUUUUGUAUCACUUUCAAUUAAAGUUUUUUCUGCAGAAUGUCCCUUAUUCA